UGCCCCCUGAAGGAAAUGUCUGACACUCAUCACAGCAGCCCUCUCCUGACAGAGCCUCUUUCCAGCAGAUACAAACUGUAUGAGUCAGAGUUUACCAGCCCUAGCUGGCCCUCAAGCCCCCAGGAUACACACCCAGCCCUGCCCCUCCUGGAAAUGCCUGAAGAAAAGGAUCUCCGGUCAUCCAAUGAAGACAGCCAUAUUGUGAAAAUGGAAAAACUCAAUGAAAGGAGUAAAAGGAGAGAAAGCGGGGCAGCUCAUCGGGGCUCUACAGGCUUGGGGGGCAUCAGCCUCUUCCAAGCAGUGGGAUACCUCACAGGGGACAUGAAGGAGUGCAGGAGCUGGCUGAAAGAUAAGCCACUGGCCCUCCAGGUUACAGACUGGGUCCUGAGGGGCACUGCUCAGGUAAUGUUUGUCAACAACCCUCUCAGCGGACUCAUCAUCUUCAUAGGGCUUCUGAUCCAGAAUCCCUGGUGGACGAUUGCUGGGGUGUUGGGGGCAGUGGUCUCAACCUUAACUGCCCUCGCCUUGAACCAGGACAGGUCUGCCAUCGCCUCAGGCCUCCACGGGUACAAUGGAAUGCUGGUCGGACUACUGAUCGCUGUGUUCUCUGAGAAGUUAGACUAUUACUGGUGGCUUCUGUUUCCUGUGACCUUCACAGCCAUGACCUGCCCAGUUCUUUCCAGUGCCUUGAAUUCCAUCUUCAGCAAGUGGGACCUUCCUGUCUUCACGCUGCCCUUCAACAUUGCUAUGACCCUGUACCUGGCAGCCACCGGCCACUACAACCUCUUCUUCCCCACAACACUGGUGGAGCCUGUGUCUUCAGUGCCCAAUAUCACCUGGACAGAGAUGGAGAUGCCCUUGCUGCUACAAGCCAUCCCCAUCGGGGUUGGCCAGGUGUAUGGCUGUGACAAUCCCUGGACAGGCGGCGUGUUCCUGGUGGCUCUGUUCAUCUCCUCGCCACUCAUCUGCUUGCAUGCAGCCAUUGGCUCAAUUGUGGGGAUGCUAGCAGCCCUGACGGUGGCCACGCCCUUCGAGACCAUCUACAUGGGCCUCUGGAGCUACAACUGUGUCCUCUCCUGCAUCGCCAUAGGGGGCAUGUUCUACGCCCUCACCUGGCAGACGCACCUGCUGGCCCUCGUCUGUGCCCUGUUCUGUGCAUACAUGGGAGCAGCCCUGUCCAACAUAAUGUCGGUGAUUGGUGUGCCGUCAGGCACCUGGGCCUUCUGCCUCUCCACCCUCAUCUUCCUGCUCCUGACAACCAACAACCCUGCCAUCUAUAAGCUCCCACUCAGCAAAGUCACCUACCCAGAGGCCAACCGCAUCUACUACCUGACAGUGAAGAACAUUGAAGAAGAGAAGUCCCCCAGCGGUGUUGGUGGGGAGCAGCCAGCCACAACCAGCCCAAGGGCCGAUGAGGGCUCAGAAGCCGUGCCCCCCAAGCCCAGGAGCGUGUUCCACAUCGAGUGGUCAUCCAUUCGGAGAAGGAGCAAAGUGUUUGGAAAAGGCGAACACCAGGAGAGGCAAACCAAAGACCCUUUUCCCUAUCAGUACCGGAAGCCCACGGUUGAAUUGCUGGAUCUAGACACCAUGGAGGAGAACACUGAGAUAAAGGUGGAAGCGAACGUUUCCAAGACUUCCUGGAUUCAGAGUCACAUGGCUGCCAGUGGGAAGAGGGUCAGCAGAGCCCUCAGCUACAUCACAGGGGAGAUGAAGGAGUGUGGUGAGGGUCUUAAAGACAAAUCCCCAGUGUUCCAGUUCCUUGACUGGGUCCUCCGGGGCACGUCACAGGUGAUGUUUGUGAACAACCCCCUCAGUGGCAUCCUCAUCGUCCUUGGCCUCUUCGUCCAGAACCCCUGGUGGGCCAUCUCCGGCUGCUUGGGAACUGUUGUGUCCACUUUGACAGCUCUCAUCCUGAGCCAGGACAGGUCCGCCAUCGCAGCAGGACUUCAUGGCUACAACGGGGUGCUGGUGGGGCUGCUGAUGGCUGUGUUCUCAGACAAGGGCAACUACUACUGGUGGCUUCUGUUCCCUGUCAUCAUUAUGUCCAUGUCUUGCCCCAUCCUCUCCAGUGCCCUGGGCACCAUCUUCAGCAAGUGGGACCUCCCCGUCUUCACACUGCCCUUCAACAUCGCUGUGACCCUGUACCUGGCAGCCACCGGCCACUACAACCUCUUCUUCCCCACGAUGCUGCUGCAGCCUCCAUCCUCCGUGCCCAACAUCACCUGGUCAGAGGUCCAAGUGCCCUUGCUCUUGAGAGCCAUCCCUGUUGGAGUCGGCCAGGUGUAUGGCUGUGACAACCCCUGGACUGGAGGCAUUUUCCUCAUAGCUCUGUUCAUAUCUUCACCUCUCAUUUGCCUACACGCUGCGAUCGGCUCCACCAUGGGGAUGUUGGCAGCCCUCACUAUUGCAACGCCCUUGGACUCCAUCUACUUCGGCCUGUGUGGCUUCAACAGCACGCUGGCCUGCAUUGCCAUCGGAGGCAUGUUCUACGUCAUCACCUGGCAGACCCACUUCCUGGCCAUCGCCUGUGCACUGUUUGCGGCCUACCUGGGUGCUGCGCUGGCUAACGUGCUGUCCGUGUUUGGACUGCCACCAUGCACCUGGCCCUUUUGCCUCUCAGCACUCACCUUCCUGCUCCUGACGACCAACAACCCUGCCAUCUACAAGCUUCCACUCAGCAAAGUUACCUACCCAGAGGCCAAUCGCAUCUACUACCUAUUCCAGGAGAAAAACAGAAGAGCAUCAACCAUAACAAAGUACCAGGCCUAUGAUGUCUCCUAG